AUUAUUGUUAGUGAAACCAACUUAUUUGCUCUCACUUAUCGUCGUCAUAUAGAUCCCGGUGAUUUGGAGCUACGUCUGGCCAACCCGAUAUCUUCAUUUACAGGCACACUGCAAGCACGUUGUACAAGCAGUCAACAAUGGAGCUCUGUGUGUGCUGGUAACCUAUGGGAUCAUAGAGAUACUGAAUCUGCUUGCCGCCAUCUUGGUUUCUCAUUUGCUGUUGAGACCAAGAACAUCUACGUCUCCACUCUAGACCCUAUAGAUGUUCCCGAUAGAGUGAUCAUAUCCGAGGUUGGAUGUGUGGGAAAUGAAACUAAUCUUAUAGAGUGUGGGUUGGGCUUGGUGCGUUCAACAUGUAGCAUAAUACCAAGAAUAUCAUGUGGAACAGAAACCAGUGAGUUUGGAUUCCGUGUUGGACUAUGUGGAAUCAAUGAUCUUUGUGGUACUGAGUGUGCGCAAACCAUCGAAAACAACACUCCUAGGAUCGGAUGUCAUUGUGAUCAACUUUGCCAGGCUCUUGGUGAUUGUUGCUAUGACUACCAGAUAAACUGUAACCCGGAAGGACUUCCCCCACCUACGUCACUACAAGGUCUCCCUGUGGAGUGGUAUCAAUGCAUUGCGUUGCCGAGCCUUUAUGGAAAAUAUGUUGGGUAUUAUUUAAUCAGUGUUUGCCCAGAAUCUUGGUUAGAGGGCGGAAUAAGAGACUUAUGUAAAAUGCCAUGGAAUGGAGAGGAUAUCAUUGGCUCUCUACCAGUGUACAAUAAUGACUCGCUAUAUCAAUACAGAAAUAUAUACUGUGCUAUAUGCAAUGGAGAAUCGUAUGAUAACAUGCUACCAUGGUCGGUCCAUGCAGCCUAUAACGUGUAUGGUGCAAAAUCCUAUGUUCCAAACUUUAACGACACUGAACUUCCAGGUUUAUUUACUGGUGACUUUAUGGUUCAAGUUCCAAGUAGUAUAGAAGGGGAAGUUCGGAGGUGUUCAGCACCUACCAUAAAUACUUGUUUGGAUGAGUUUAGUGAAAGCGAAACGGAACAGGGUUGUCUGAGCUAUGUUGGACCUCUAGCUUACCGGCCUGUCAUUGGUUCAACCAUAACCAAUUAUCGCAAUCCCUAUUGCGCAAUGUGCAAUAACAGCGAUAACACUUUAAGCGAUAGCAUCGUUUCCUGUACAACGGGAGAGAUCUUUGAUCCUUUUCUCAGUAGCUGCAGAGCGUUGACUUGUAAUUCUGGGUUCGAAAUCCAAGGAAACGAGUGUGUUGAAAAGACAGUGCCCUCAACGUCAGCACCUGUAGCAGUUCAGGAGUUUGCAUUCAACCCAAAUAAUACAGUCAACGUUGGUUUGGUGGAUUGUCUACGGUUGUUUCUUGUUGAUACUUUUGGUAUCGUCUUUUGGGACGCAACACUAAAUAACUCAUCAACAGUAGAGUUGCUUACCGUGAAUUUUCUAGCAGGAAACAAAACAGUCGUGGAUAGCAUUCAGAGCGUCAUCUUGAGUUACAAAUCUAGUAUUUGUAAUAUUUCUCAGUUUGUUCUGUUUUUAGAACUACAAAGUAUUCUUCCCGCGCAGACUUGUAAAGAUUUUAACACCAGUGGACUUGACCUUUUCCAUGGUUACGUCACCAGGAAUGACGUAUUUCGUAUUAGACAGUUUGAUUACAAUGUAAUGAAUGACUACCAUGUCUAUGGGAUUGAUGAGGCUUGUCUUGAAAUCAAACUAACAUGCACUUCACUCAUGGCGUUGAAUUCAACUGAGUUUGUGCUGUCAGCAGAAGGGAAUGUAACAGUGUUAAAGUAUAUCCCAUCUGAUGUUUCUAUACCUCACGACGCGUACGUUCUUCUUGCAGAUGGAAGUGCAGUCAUUUGUGCUGACUAUCUGACCGGUCCACAACCACAGAAUGCUACGGCCCUCGCAUUGAUAUACCUUAGCUAUAUACUCUACACUCUAUCAGUCAUUGCUCUUGCUGUAACAUUCCUCAUUUACUCCCUACUACCACCACUGCGCAACUUGGCAGGUCUGUCCAUCAUGAACCUUGUGGGGGCGCUCUUUAUAGCAAAUCUCCUCCUCUUACUCUCGGGGCAAUUACUCGAUGUACCAACGCUGUGUCUCAUCGCGGCCCCCCUAAUCCACUUCACAUGGCUGGCAGCGUUCAUGUGGAUGGCUGUUUUGUCUUGCAAUGUUGCACGAACUCUCAGCAGUAAAGUGGUCAAUAAGACCCACGAGUCACCAACGAAACCACUACUUCUAUAUAUGCUAUUUGCCUGGGGUGUACCACUGGUAAUCGUUGCAAUAUGUAUCACACUACACUUCUGUCAGUAUACCAGUGCCGGUCCAAUAUACGUAGACCAGACCAGGUGUUACAUAGUGAGUCCAUUAGUUAACUUAUACGCCUUUGGUAUCCCAGUCGCCUUAACCCUUGCUCUCAGUAUAUGUUUCUUCGUAUACACCGUAGUUUUUCUGAGAAGAUCUCGAAGCUCUACUCGUGCAGCGAGAAGUGAGACGCGACUUCAAGAGGUCAAAGUGGAGCUCCUUAUUUACAUCAGGCUGUGCGUUCUAAUGGGACUCUCUUGGAUACUAGGGUUCUUAAUGCAAAUCAUAGACGGAUACGCAGUCAUCUUCAUCUUUGACAUCUUAAACUCUUCACAAGGCGUUUUGAUCUUUCUCAGUUUCUGCUUUACAAAGCGGGUACAUAACCUUCUUAAUGAGCAUUACAGUCGUUCAAAGAAGCAACGUCAGACGAGACGAAAGAAGACUAAUCAGUUGGUUGUCAGUGGGACACAGAGUCAUUCAAAAACGGGCCCUUCCGUCAACACAGACACAACACGUCUUUAAAGACACUGGACAGCUUUGGUAAUUGUCAAA